AUGUAUAAUAGGCGUACUGUUGGUCGAAAAGGGUUUACACCUGGAUAUUGGUUUUGGACAUCCCAUGGAGAAGAAGCCCCUCAAAUGAAUGUUGAUGUUGAUAUGGACUCAAAUACACUUCCAUAUAGUAGUCAAGAAGAUAUUAGGUUUGAUGAUGCUGAUCUUAAUGACCAAAAUUUUGUACAAAAUGAAGAGCUGCCUCCAAAUUCAGAAGCAACUGAAAUGUAUGAUAUGUUGAACUCAACUCAUCAACCUGCGGCCCAGAUUCGCAUUACCCUGCAUAUAUGCGUAAAACCAUGUUAA